AUGGACCCCACUGCCCUCACGGGCGCAAAGGUAAUCGCCCAGGCCCUGCACGACCUGGGCGUCCCCGUCAUCCACACGCUGGUCGGCAUCCCCGUGGCCGAGAUCGCCGAGGAGGCCAUCGACCUGGGCAUUCGGGUGAUUGGGUACCGCAACGAGCAGGCCUGCAGCUACGCCGCCUCCGUGUUCGGAUACCUCACCGGCACGCCUGGGGUGUGUCUCUUGACCGGUGGGCCGGGCAUUCUGCACGGUAUGGCUGGGAUCGGUAACGCCUCCGCCAAUGCCUUCCCACUGCUCGUGCUGGGCGGCUCGUCCGAGUCCGGCCUGGCGACCAAGGGCGGUUUUCAGGAGAUGGACGCCAUCGCCCUGCUGACGCCGCACACCAAGCGUGCCAUCCGGCCCACGUCAGCGGACCCGUCCACCGUCGUCGCCGCCAUCCGCAACGCCUACCGCGUCGCCUGGUACGCCCGGCCAAGCGGUCGACGUCUCAUCCCCCCAUCGCCGUCCUGGCGCCCCCCAAACCGUCCGCCCGACCCCGCCCUGGUCGUCGAGGCGGCACGUCUCCUCAAGUCCGCGUCCGCGCCGCUCGUCAUCGUCGGCAAGGGCGCGGCGUACGCCCGGGCCGAGAAUUCCAUCCGCAGCCUCGUCGCGACGCACCACCUGCCGUUCCUCCCGACGCCGAUGGGCAAGGGCAUCGUGCCGGACUCACACCCGCUGAACACGUCGUCGGCCCGCUCCGCGGCGCUCAAGCACGCCGACGUGGUCCUCCUGCUGGGCGCGCGGCUGAACUGGAUCCUCCACUUCGGCGAGGCGCCCAAAUACCGCCCGGACGUGAAGAUCAUCCAGGUCGACAUCUCGCCCGAGGAGCUCGGCCGGGCGAACAGUCUCGGACAGCCGUCGCUCAGCAUCUUCGGCGAUAUUGGGUCCGUCGUGGACCAACUCCACCGGGAGCUCGGGCAGGGGUGGAAAGCAUUUCCGAGCAAUACCUUCCGUUCUUCCUCUCUCUUGUCAUCGCCCAAGCCGUCCUACCUCUCCCUCCUCGCGGCCAGCGCGGCCAAGAACGAACAAAAGUCCAUCCGCCUGGCGACAACCCCCACCACGCCCAACGCUCUCCUGACGUACGAGCGCGCCUACCACAUCAUCAAGUCCCAGCUGCACGCGCUCUCGCCCCCGCAGGACGGCGGGAUCGUGUACGUCUCCGAGGGCGCCAACACGAUGGACAUCUCGCGCAGCGUGUUCCCGCUCGAACACCCGCGCCAGCGCCUGGACGCCGGCACGUACGCGACCAUGGGCGUGGGCAUGGGGUACGCGAUCGCGGCGUGGGCGGCGCAUAACAUUGCCCCGCCGCGACGAGCAACAACCAGGAAGCUGAACAAGAAGAAGAUCGUCGCGCUCGAGGGCGACUCGGCGUUCGGGUUUUCCGGCAUGGAGAUCGAGACCAUGGCCCGCCACAAGAUGGACGUGCUGAUCAUCGUCAUGAACAACAGCGGCAUCUACAAGGGCGACGCGGCGGACGAGACCGGAUGGCGCGAGAAGCAGGCGCAGACGGCGGCGGACGACACGAAGAUUGCUGCAUCCACCACCACCUCCACCACCAACAAGAAUGUGGCUGGCGCCAGGAAAGGACUGCGCAGCACGUCCCUCCUGUACGAGACACGGUACGAGUGUCUCGCCGACAUGGUUGGCGGGCGAGGCUGGCUGGUGCGCACCGAGGACGAGUUGGCCGAGGCGACGCGGCAGGCGUUCCUCGAGACGGAGAAGGUGUGUGUCCUGAACGUCAUCAUCGACCCGGGCCUGAACAGCGCGGCGAGCUUUGGGUGGAUGGAGACCAAGGAGAAGCACGGUGGUGGGGGAGGAGGAGGAGGGGAGAGUAAAUUGUGA